CUUUGUUACGGACCAUUUUCAGAAGAGAGCCUACUAAAUCCAUCUCAGACAGGACUCCAGACAUUGCAGACGGUUGAUUUCCUGUCAGAAUACAACUUGAUGUUAGAAGAGGACACCGUGCAGGACCACAGCAGUGCCGGUCGAUCGGCAUCGAGGUGCAAUGGUGAUUUGUGUCCACCAGGGGCGGUAUGGCCCUGCACUGGUUGUGGGGAGCCCAUCAGAGACCCAGAGGUAUUGCGAGUCGGAACAGACCAGCAGUGGCACAUCGGGUGUCUGUACUGUGAUGAGUGCCACUGUCCUCUAGGAGAGAGCGUCAGCUGCUUCCUAAGGAAUGGCAGGACGCUGUGUAGGACAGAUUAUGGCCGACUAUUUGCUGAGAAGUGCAAGGUUUGCGGGGAGGCUUUGCUGUCCUCUGACCUGGUUGUGAGGGCAGGAGGACAGAUCUACCAUCCUGCCUGUCUGCACUGCUCAAUCUGUGGUGCGUUACUCAGGCCUGGGGAUUCCUUCACACUGGGACCUCAAGGGCCGCGCUGUCAGGCUGAGCACACGACGCCAGAGCAACAGAACCGUGAAGGAGACACGCUGAAACAAAUAAAAGGGAGAAGAGGUGGAGUUUGGGAGAGGUGUGAGGACAGGCUCAAGAGUAGAAGGGUGAGGAUGCGUACUGUCCUCAGUGACUCUCAGCUGAGAGCCCUGCGCUCCUGCUACUCCCAGAGCCCCAGGCCAGAUGCGCUUGCCAAGCUCCAGUUAAGCCGACUGACCGGCCUCAACCAGCGAGUCAUCAGGGUGUGGUUCCAGAACAAACGAUGCAAGGACAAGAAGAGCCAUGCCAGGAGAGGGGCCAGGCCAGCAGGGGGCUUCACAGUGAGUCAGGCCUUGCUGUCUGCCAGACCAAUGGUGGUCCUCUCUCCAGAGACCCCUGACUUCGCCCUCCAGAUCUACAUCUUUAAGUCCCCAUGGCAAUCCCAUGACGGCCAUGCUACUGACAGGAAAGACCAUUUUCUCACGGAGACAUCACAGAGCACAUGUUCCUCAGAGGACCUGCACUCCUCACAGCAUCACAGUGUUUAGGACGUGGUCACCAUGCAGACUGUCUUGAGUCUACAUUAGCACCAUCCCAAUAAACUGUCCAUUAUUCAGAGGUUUCAAUAAAACUGUU